AUGGAGGUCCGCUGGCUGAAGACCCUGCUGUGUGUGUUGUUGAGUGUUUGUUCGUCCCUUCGAGCCCACCCUAUAGAUCAUGAUGACCAUGAGAACGGUAUGUGUAUUCGAUAUUGGCGCCCGCAAAACUGGUUCUCAGAACAAUGGUUAGGUUGCACUUUGUGUGUGUUUGUGUGUGCGUGUGUGUGACAUGAUUUGAUGAUCAGAUUAAAAGUAUGCCUGCCAGCAUCUGUUUGUCAUUGUAUCACAUUAAUCAGUGACUGUGUUGAAAUGUUAGACUACUUUUUGCAUUAAUUUAGGAUCAGUGACAUCGUAGGAACAUUGACACUGGGUGUAGGCUGCACAGUCUCUAUCUCCACCUCUCUGUCCCGAUCUGGCACCACAGGGUCAAAAGUGAUCUCGUGACCUGGUCAGGUAAAUCUCUGGGUCCUAUUCGUAGUCUAUGAAAAAAUAGUAUUAUUAUAAAUAGCUCCCUUUUUCAUCUGUGCUAUGACUAUAGGGCAGGGCUUUUUCUUGUCGGGUCAUAUGAAUUGUAAACACUCCUGGCCUAAGGUGGAUGAAACCCUUUCAAACUACCACAAACCAUGUUAUUAUUCAUUCUGAAUCUGAUAUCAAAAGAGCCAGAGACAACCACUUCAAUGGACAACAUACAGUACUGUGUAGUUUAGUGAACUACUAUAGCAUGGCUGAAUGUUAUGCAAAGAAUGGUUACAAUGUCACAUUAACUCUAUACAUACACAAUGUUAAGCAGUGGAUUUGAAAAAUAAAAAAGACAGACAGGUUUCAAUGUAGAAAAGUCAUCUAAUUUUAUGUCAGAAAACCUAUUAUUUGUUCAUCUGACCACAGUGCUCUUCUACAAUUAUUAAUUAUGUAAGCUUUAUGUGAGGCAGGGUUACAUGUAACACUAUACACAGUGGACAUUGUAACAAGGCAGGGUUACAUUUAACACUAUACACUAUGUGCACGUCAUAAAACCACUAACCAUGUGUUGUUGUGCUGGUCUCCAUUUGGCCACAUAUUAUCCAUUAUAUUGACCAGAUACUCUAGUGGUCACUCUAACAAUGAAAAUAUAUAGGCAGUCGGGAGGGGGAAAGAUCAGGUGGGACCAUUUUAGCUAAUGUGUCCUAUUUACAGUGCAUUCGGAAAGUAUUCAGACCCCUUGACUUUUUCAACAUUUUGUUACAUCACAGCCUUAUUCUAAAAUGUAUUAAAUCGUUUUUCCCCCUCAUCAAUCUACACACAAUACCCCAUAAUGACAAAGCAAAAACUGGUUUUUAGAAACUUUUGCAAAUUUAUUAAAAAUAAAAAACGGAAAUAUCACAUUUACAUAAGUAUUCAGACCCUUUACUCAGUACUUUGUUGAAGCACCUUUGGCAGCGAUUACAGCCUUGAUUCUUCUUGGGUAUGACGCUACAAGCUUGGCACACCUGUAUUUGGGGAGUUUCUUCCAUUCUUAUCUGUAGAUCCCCUCAAGCUCUGUCAAGUUGGAUGGGGAGCAUUGCUGCACAGCUAUUUUCAGGUCUCUCCAGAGAUCUAUCAGGUUCAAGUCCGGGCUCUGGCUGGGCCAUUCAAGGACAUUCAGAGACUUGUCCCUAAGCCACUCCUGCAUUGUCUUGGCUGUGUGCUUAGGGUUGUUGUCCUGUUGGAAGGUGAACCUUCGCCCCAGUCUGAGGUCCUGAGCGCUCUGGAGCAGGUUUUCAUCAAGGAUCUCUCUGUACUUUGCUCCGUUCAUCUUUCCCUCGAUCCUGACUAGUGUCCCAGUCCCUGCCGCUGAAAAACAUCCCCACAGCAUGAUGCUGCCACCACUAUGCUUCACCGUAGGGAUGGUGCCAGGUUUCCUCCAGACGUGACGCUUGGCAUUCAGGCCAAAGAGUUCAAUCUUGGUUUCAUCAGACCAGAGAAUCUUGUUUCUCAUGGUCUGAGAGUCCUUUAGGUGCCUUUUGGCGAACUCCAAGCAGGCUGUCAUGUGCCUUUUACUGAGGAGUGGCUUCCGUCUGGCCACUCUACCAUAAAGGCCUGAUUGGUGGAGUGCUGCAGAGAUGGUUGUCCUUCUGGAAGGUUCUCCCAUCUCCACAGAGGAACUCUGGAGCUCUGUUAGAGUGACCAUAUGGUUCUUGGUCACCUCCCUGACCAAGGCCCUUCUUCUUUGAUUGCUCAGUUUGGCCAGCGGCCAGCUCUAGGAAGAGUCUUGGUGGUUCCAAACGUCUUCCAUUUUAGAAUGAUGGAGGCCACUGUGUUCUUGGGGACCUUCUAUGUUGCAGACAUUUUUUGGUACCCUUCCCAGAUCUGUGCCUUGACACAAUCCUGUGUCGGAGCUCUAUGGACAAUUCCGUCGACCUCAUGGCUUGGUUUUUGCUCUGACAUGCACAGUCAACUGUGGGACCUUAUAUAGACAGGUGUGUGCCUUUCCAAAUCAUGUCCAAUCAAUUGAAUUUACCACAGGUGCACUCCAAACAAGUUAUAGAAACAUCUCAAGGAUGAUCAAUGGAAACAGGAAGCACCUGAGCUCAAUUUCGAGUCUUAUAGCAAAGACUCGAGUCUAAUAGCAAAGUCUGAAUACAGUGAGGGAAAAAAGUAUUUGAUCCCCUGCUGAUUUUGUACGUUUGCCCACUGACAAAGAAAUGAUCAGUCUAUAAUUUUAAUGGUAGGUUUAUUUGAACAGUGAGAGACAAGAACAACAAAAAAAUCCAGAAAAACGCAUGUCAAAAAUGUUAUAAAUUGAUUUGCAUUUUAAUGAGGGAAAUAAGUAUUUGACCCCCUCUCAAUCAGAAAGAUUUCUGGCUCCCAGGUGUCUUUUAUACAGGUAACGAGGUGAGAUUAGGAGCACACUCUUAAAGGGAUUGCUCCUAAUCUCAGUUUGUUACCUGUAUAAAAGACACCUGUCCACAGAAGCAAUCAAUCAAUCAGAUUCUAAACUCUCCACCAUGGCCAAGACCAAAGAGCUCUCCAAGGAUGUCAGGGACAAGAUUGUAGACCUACACAAGGCUGGAAUGGGCUACAAGACCAUCGCCAAGCAGCUUGGUGAGAAGGUGACAACAGUUGAUGCGAUUAUUCGCAAAUGGAAAAAACACAAAAGAACUGUCAAUCUCCCUCGGCCUGGGGCUCCAUGCAAGAUCUCACCUCGUGGAGUUGCAAUGAUCAUGAGAACGGUGAGGAAUCAGCCCAGAACUACAAGUACUAAGUAAUUUUUUGCAGAGGGGUCAAAUACUUAUUUCCCUAAUUCAAAUGCAAAUCAAUUUAUAACAUUUUUGACAUGCGUUUCAUGUUCGUAUUUUGAUUGGCUCGCUUGCUGAUCUGUCUGUCAGUUCUGAUUCAUUGUCUUGUCUGUCCCUCAGUGAUUGACCUACUGGAGGCUCUCAACAUGUCCCGCCCCUUAAAGGGUGUAUCCAAAGUCCAGGGGGAGUGGCCUGGAACCCAGGCCUACAAACUCCGCCCCCGCUCACCUCACCUGACCCUUCCCAAACAAUACUCCAACUACCUUGUUUCCUCUCUGCAAGGCAGUCUGGGAAUUCACCUGGUGGGACGUCAGGGCGCAGACUCCAGUGGCACUCUGCUCUCUUUCUCCUCCUCCUCCUCUUUCCUCGCCCCUCCUCCAACUCUACUCCUCUACCCGCUCCAAAUCUCUGCGUCUGGACCACCAGGCUGGCUCGGGAGGCCAGGGGCUUGCCAGCGUACUGUUCCCAGGAGGAAGUCCCUUCUCUGGGGGAGGCUGGGUGCGGUUGGCCCUGAACCUGGAAGCUGGCCAUGUGUCUCUGUUUGUGGACUGUAGAGAGGCGGUGGUUAUACAGAGAGACAAAGAGGAGAGAGUCAAACUACAGCUGCCCCCAGACCUAGUCAUCACACUGGCCAGCACACAGGGUGACAUGGAGAGCAAGUUCACUGUGAGUAAACACACUCACAUACACAUAUUCACACGUACACACAUGCAAGUAUGCACUCCAUAACGGUUUCUCUUUCUCUCUCUCUCUCUCUCUCACUCGCUCUCUCUCUCUCUCUCUCUCCCCCCCCCCCCCCCCCCCUUCUAUCUCUCCAUCACUCUCUCUUUAUAGGGUUAUGUGCAGACAGCUGAGAUCUCUACCAGAGCGUAUCAGAGGCGUCCGUGGCACUGUGACAACAUUACA